AUGGAGCGGUCAGGAUUCCGCAAGAAGUACGGAGAGUUGGGGAUAAUUCGAGCGUUCCUGCCAAAGGCAACACCUGUAGUUGCGAUGUCGGCAACCCUGCCCCUUCGUGUACGUCGUGACGUCUUGAAGAAGCUUGAAUUCGCGUCGGAUGGCUAUGUGUUCAUCAAUAUUGGCAACGACCGCCCAAACGUAUCGAUCGUCGUUCGAGCAAUCCACAACACUAUGAAAAGUUAUUCAGAUCUCGACUUCCUCAUCCCAAGCAAUGUUCAAGUUGGGGAAGACAUACCUUCGACAAUGGUGUAUAUGGACAACAUCCAAGAAUGCCCUGAAAUAGCCGACCACUUGGACGACACCCUUCCAGAACACUUGCGGGGCCAGGGCCUAGUUCGCCCUUUCAGUGCAGCGUAUAGUCAGGAGUAUAGAGAGGCCGUGUUGAAGCUGUUCAAACUCGGUAUAGUGAGGGUACUUGUGUGUACUGAUGCUGCUGGGAUGGUCAUUCACUUGCCUGCCGUUGUCGUUCGUGACGCCAAUAUUGACCUCGCACAGGGGUGUAAUUUGCCGAAGGUGGAGGUGGUCGUGCAGUGGAAAAUGCCUGAUUCGAUUUCGACAUUUGUUCAGCGUGCCGGUCGUGCUGCAAGGUCCCCUCACCUGAGAGGAUUGGCGGUUCUGUUGGUUGAAAAGUCAGCAUACAACGUUAACUUGGACGAAAUUCCACCAUCCCGCGAAAAUCCGGCAUCCAGCACCCAAACCCCCCAACCGAACGGCGCCCAGACAACUCAUACGGCAACAGACAAACGAAAGAAGAAGGAAGUACAGCAAUAUGCAUCAGCUUGCGGGGUCAAUCGAGGAAAAUACGCGCCAACUGCCGCAUGA